AAUUACACUCACAUUACACCGUCCGUUUUUUUUGGCGAGAGGCCACUCCGUUGACAUGCAAAACCGAUCUUGAUCCAUUCAUAGUGGUGGUGAAGAGCAAUUCUCAGCCGCAACUUAUUGCCGACAUGGGUGCCCAAGGGAAAUUCUUUACAAUCGCUGCAGUGGUGGCCCUCGGGAUAGCAAAUGGAUACUACACAUUCAACCCGAGCUUGAAAGAAGCCAAGGAGAAAGCAGACGGAACAUAUCUCAGUAAAACUUUGGAGAACCAAGACGCUCAGAAGAAGACUGCUAGUCAAGAGGACAAGAAGUCAACGAGUCAAUGA